UCUCUCUCUUUACAGUAAGCUGACACACUUCCUGCAGACGUUACUUGAGUCAACGCAGAACAGAACAGAUCUCUUCCUCAUAUGGGACAUGUGUCAAAAUGGGACUUAAUUCGUUUCUAGCAGUUGUUUUUCUGGUGUGUUUGUGUCAAAUGCAAGGGUCCAGUGCUGUGACUCCUGUGUUUGUGCAGAAGGGAAAGGAUGUGCUUCUGAAUGUCACGACAGAUGUUCUUAAGCGUAUUACUUUUGUUUCGUGGAACUUUAAUAAAAAGAUUUUAGUAUCAUUUGUACCUGGUACAAAUUCAUCAGUCUCUGAUGGUUACACUGGAAGGAUUGAGUUUUCUGAGAAAAAUUUCUCUGUGAAACUGAAGAAUCUACAAAAGGCAGACAGUGGAGUUUAUACUGCACGGGUGUUUGGGGCUGAAGAACAAACAACUGAAUACAACGUCACAGUUCAAGAUCCAGUGUCUCCAGCUGGACUGACAGUGGACUCUGUGUCCAGCAGCUCGGACUCCUGUAACCUCACUGUGACCUGCAGUGCACAGGACUCUCACAUUAACAGCACUUUUACAUGUGACCACCAAACCUGCAGUCAGGAGGGAGGAGUGCAAUCAGAGGUCACAACCUCGGGUGCUUCUCUCCAUGUCUACCUGGUGAAUGACUCAAUCAACUGUAACCAUAGCAACCAGGUCAGCUGGACCAAUAACAUGACAAAGAUUCAGCAUUUCUGUCCCCAACACGCUGAUCCUGAUAAACAAGAACUCAGAAGUAAUAUCGUCUCUGUGGUUGUUGUUCCCAUCAUCAUCAUCAUCAUCAUCAUCAUCUUCAUCAUAUUUCUCAUUGUUAUCAUCAAUUUUUUUCGAAAGAGAAAGAAAUAUGAAAGAGAGAAGAUCGAAAAUACAGUAUAUGACAUUCCUCAGGUGGUCUAUUUACGGCACAUGACCUGUGACUCUUCGCUACAACAACUUCAGCAUCAGUCUGCUGUUCCUGGUCCUGCUGCUUGCUCCUACCUGCCACCAGCACACAUUACGGUAACUACAGACCGACCUCUGGAUCAGAGUCCAACAAAUGAUCCUUCAUAUGUUUCUCCAAACUCCACCUACUGCUUGGUAGGGCAUCCCACUGGAUCCAUGGGAUCCACUGAGACGAGAGGCAAGACUCUGCCAGAGAGCCUGUAUGCUCAGGUCGAAAAGCCUGCCAGGUCCUGAAACAACGCAUCAGGAAUUGUGUUCCACAUACUGCGCUGGCAGCAAUUUCUAGUUUAAUUAUAGUGUGGCAUAAAUAAAAAUGCAGGCACUAAAGUUGAGCAAGUGUGGAUGAUUUUUUAGGCCUGUAUGCUUUGUAUUUUAAGAUAUUGUGCUGAAUCAUAUUACAUAUAGAUCUAAUGCUACAGAAAAAAGGAGGAAUGACCCACCAUCAAGAGAAAGCAUAACGGCAGGAGUUGGUUGAAUCUUAAUCAGUGGAAAGAGGACAGAAUUAAGGGGCCUAUGGAAGAAUACCGAGCCAGGGAGGAAUCCUCAGCUUGGGUACCUGGAGCUGAAGCUUUAUCUCACAUUUUCACCUGUCCAGAAGUUUGCAUUUCAUUACAGUAAAAAUGCAGAAGAUCUGUAACCAUUAUAUCACACACAGGAACCGUACUGCAGUGACCGCCUUUGAAAUGCAGCUCCCAGCACGAUCUAAAAGCUUCAGAAGAAUAAAUACGAUGCAGCAAUUGCAAGACUCUGAAUACGGUGCUGAGGAUGAUGGACAGAAUGAUGCCUUCUUCUUCUAUGAACAACGAUUUACAGUAUGGAAAUGUGACGUUCAGGGCCUCACAUCAUUAGUGUGAUUUGAAACUACAUGCUGCAGGAUUCUUCUAUUGUCCUUGUGAGUGCAACAAGCUAACGUUUGACUGUUUAAUUAUGAAUCUCAAAACAUAAAAAAUAAAAACUCAGGAUCUUUACUUUUCUUACAAAUUAAUUGUGCAGUUCCGUGUAGGUCAAAAGACUGUGUUGCUCCAGAGUCCAGUGGCUUCUGACUGUUUCGCAGGGUUCUAUUUCUUUCAUACUAAAUCUAACAGCCAAUCAAAUUGCAUUAUACUAGAUCACUGGCUAACUGUUUACAUUCCAAUUUCUACAUUUCAUUUGCAACACAGGUUUUUCUCAGAUUUACAAAAUAAACUCAAAAUAUUAUUACUUCCAUAGAAAUGGCUUCAACGGUACUGUUAUAUUUUGUUUUAUUUUAUAUGUUAUUGUUUAAGAUAAAGAAGACUGGGCCAUCUGAACAGAAUUAAAAUUGUAUUGUUUCUAAAGACUUUAAUUAAUUUCUGUCUUUCAAGUAUUCAAUGCUCAAAAGACAGAUUUUCAGUGUAUUAUUCCUUUAAGUUCAUUUCAUGAAUGUUGUUCAUUGAGCCAUUAAAUAUUCACAUUUUGUUGUA